AUGCCAAUCUGGCUAGAACACUUGCGUUUUUCAAUAUCUUCAUUUUCUUGUUUUUACCGAGCCAAACUAACGAUAUCUUUGAAUCCAGGUUACAGCAACUCGUCUGACUGUGGUUACUGCCGGAAGAGUCGCAGUGGUCAGUCUAGUAAACGCUACUCAUACUAUGCUUCUGGUUCCUCCCUCAGCCCUCAGUUCUAUCAACAGCUCAUAGACCGAUGCUGGAGGCGUUCAGGGACACUGCUAUAUCGGCCUAAUCAGAAGAGAGCAUGCUGUCCACAUUACACCCUCCGUCUCGACUCGGCCGAGUUCAAACCAUCCAGGGACCAGCGACAAGCCGUGAACCGGUUCAACAGCUCUGUUCUUGGAGAUGACUAUGUGAAGGAGGCAGCGCGUCGGUAUCCCCUCACACGGGAGCAGGCGCGAAAGCGCGCUACGACCUUCGACCUAAUCGAGAGAGUCCAUGAAGCCGAGGCCGACGCUCUCAGGACCCCUCUGCAGCCGGCGCAUAAGCUCCAGGUGACCCUAGAGCCCGAUGACUUCACGGAAGAGAAGUUCGACGUCUUUGAGAACUACCAGCGUGUGGUCCACGGCGAGGACCCGUCCAGCAUUCAAAGAUCGGGCUUCAAACGGUUUCUCUGCGCCUCGCCCGUCAGACCAGGGACGUACACAAACCCGGACGGACGGGAGAUCAAGGUCGGUUCUUUCCACCAGUGCUACCGCCUCGAUGGCAAGCUGGUAGCGGUCGGCGUACUGGACCUGCUCCCCCAUGCCGUCAGCGCGGUCUACUUUAUGUAUCACGAGUCAAUACAUAAGUACCAGCCGGGAAAGCUCGGGGCCCUGAGGGAGAUCGCGCUGGCUAUGGAGGGAGGGUACCGCUACUGGUACCCGGGAUAUUAUAUCCACUCGUGCCCAAAGAUGCGCUACAAGAUCGACUACAGCCCGCAGUACGUUCUGGACCCAGAGACCCUGGGCUGGGACCUUUUGGACAAGGAGGCACUUGUUAUUUUUGACGACAAGCCUUAUGUCAGCCUGUCAAAGGAGCGAGCGCAGCGACAGGGUUCGGAGGGUGCGGGUACAGUUGCCACGGCCGAUGACCGACACACUCCUCCAGAGACGGACGAAGACAGCGAGGACAACAGCGACGGCAUCUCGCUCUUCACCAGCAGCAUGCCUGGCAUUCCCACUCUCGCCGAGCUCGAAAGAACCGAUCUCGAUCACAUCCGCGUGCUGUCGGAUCAGUCCGACGGCUUCUUCACCACAGGCGAGACUGUCAUAUGGACCAGUGACACUAUCUACGACCUAGGCUCGCUCAAGUCCAAGAUUGCGGAGCUGGCCGCCACAGUGGGGACGGAUCUGCUGGGCGAGAUAGUGCUUGACUUUCGAAGGAUCGGCAGGCAGAGGGGCUGAGAGAGCAGGAUUUGGUCUAGUGAUUUAUGAUGAUCUCAUAUGAGAGCUUUUUAUGGCCUAUUCUCGUGUGCUAUCCUCGCUUCGGGCCGGGUGAUCUACCCGUCACUACGUCCCGGUACCGGAUCAGGUAGGAAAUCACGCGACAUGUUUCACUUGGUGGAGGUCGCACGACGAGAGGUGUAGCUGGUCAUGGAAGACAAGCACUUGAU